AUGAGCUCGCAAUAUCCAGACGCCAGAGGAGGCUGGAAGCCCAAGCCUCUCUCAGCCCUACGUCGUCCUUCUUCGCUCCUCAAAUCCGCUAACCCCUCUGCUCCACCCAACCGAAAUACCCCACAUCCCAACGACGAACCUCUCCACCAAAUCCCGAUCACCUACUCCACCAUCGCAGCUAGAGCUCUCUCGUUUCAUAGACAAGUGCUUACCGAUUUCAUUCCUCUCCAGCUUGCUCAGAAUGGCUUUUAUUGCAAGCCCUCAAGAUCUGGAGGAUCAGCGUGCUGUUUUGCCUGCGGAUCGACCAUCCUCUUGUACACACUCCAGGAUAAUCCCAUUGAAGAGAUGCAACAACUCCAUUUGGCAGACUGCAUAUGGCAGAUCAUCUGUCGCGAUUUGAAACCUACCUUUGAAAUACCCAACAUGGUCACCCCCUCAGAUACCGCAUCUCCAUCUCAACGACCGCCUCCCGAAUCAGCGCCAGCAUCCAUUCUGCCAGAUGAACCUUCAAUCAUGAACAUCGAUACAGCCCCCGAACAGUCCACUACAAUGCCUGAAGCAGGACCCCAACAACCUCAACCGACCUGCUCUUCUAAGGUCUCUCAGCCUCCUCAACCUCUCUACUCAACACCCCCCGUUACCUCCACACCAGACCAACGACCUACCUAUGCCUCGGUUUUGCAACGCCCCAAACCUUGUCUAUCGCAACCAACUUCCAAUACCUAUCAAUCCGUACCUUCUCCAAAACGCACACUCACAAUGGAAGACCUUUAUCGCCAUUUCCAUAACAAACCAUCGCCAUUCCAACUCAACAAGAAAAGCAGCAAGAGUUCAGCUAGUCGAGCUCGCAACAAAAAAGCAUCUGCUUCAGUCUCUGGCUAG